CCAGACCGCCUACCACCAUGGAUGGCACAUAUAUACCAGCAGGAACUUUGAUACCAAAGGUAAUGACGGUAAGACCGGCCUUGAUAACGAAGGCUACGGCCAAGACCCCGAGCACAUUGGGAAUGUUUUCCCUUGUAGGACAUAAGCCAUCCCCAUUCUCGGUGAAUGUAUCGCAAGGGCUAGCAAGCUCAAACAGCAACUCUGCCACGGGGAGCUUGGUGUAUCUGUUCCAGAAACUGAUGAGUCCAGUGACAAGUGCAACCAGGAACACCUCGAGCAUCGGAUAUUUCUUAAUGAUCGGAAUUCGACGGAAAGUGCGAGCCCAGAAGCGCGAUGCUUUGAUGAAGAGAGCGCCCAAUGUGCCGCCUAAUGCCCCCGUGAAGAUGAAAGCAACCAGUUCAAAGACUUUCCAAUCGACGAGAUAUCGGACUUCGAACAAGACAAUCUUGUUGUUACCGUAUGGAUUCAGGAACUUGAGCGACAGGGCGGCGGCAAUGCAACAGAAAAAGCUGAAAAGCACACCACUGAUGGGAGCGCCAAAGGCUACGGCCACGCCGCUGGCAGCGCUGGCACUGAGAAUUUCUCUUCGCUUCGCAUCGUUUGCAUUGUACUUUGAAAAUAUACGACAAGCAAUGUUACCGAUGGAAGUAGCGAUAUGCACAUACGGGCCUUCUUUGCCGAGACUCAAACCAGAAGCCACACUGAGAAUCAAACCAAGAGUCUUGAUGAUCAAAGUUCGCACACCUAGAUACCCGUGGAGGACGAAGCCGCUCAGAAUGACCUUGACCUCGGCUACACCGCUGCCAGCCGCAGAGUAGUAAACCAUGGGAGGACGAAGCUGUGUUUCGUUCAAGCGAGCUUGAGUGGUCAGAUGCUCCGUGCUGUCAUCGUCCUCUUCCUCGUGCUGCGAUUUGUGGAUUUCGGCCCCUAGAUUCUCAUCCAAGGUGGAGAUGGAGAUGGCAGAGGGCACCACUGUCUUGGUGGAGAGCGUCAAGAAGCACGAGGCCAUGGAAAGAAAAACGACGGCAAACACAAAGGCAGCAUACUGGGUUUGCACCAUGUCCAGUCGGUCAUUGCGGAUGACACGCGACCAAUGGAGCCACUCGUCACAGACGGUAGCGCCCUGGCAGCAGGUCUUUUUGCGCCAGUACCAGGCAGUCGUACAAUAACCCUGCUUCCAAUCGAACAGUGUAGUCUCGGUGAUGUUGACAAAGUAGGCCACUAUAGCUGUCAGGAGACCGAUGAUGGCCACCAAGAUCCAGCCCUGGGCGCCGUCAAACCAGGCCUCCACCCUGCCGCGGAAGUCCUUGCGACUUCGCAGGGCCUUGACGCGAAAGGCAUCGCUGAUGCUAUCACGAACCCAGUCGGUCGAAGUGAACUGAUCAUACCACACGCGGUUGUCCUGGAAUAUGGAGGCCUUUGAGAUUUGCAUACUGUUCUCCAUGGACCGCUCCCCAAGAGCAUUCACCAGACGCUGGCUAAAGGAACCACGUCGGCUGUGAUGACGCACACGCAUGCUGGCAGGGGCUCGCCGCGGGGUGCCAGGCAUGGUGGCGGGGUUUGUGCCUGGAAUACUAGCAUAGGAGCGUGUGCGUUGUGGGAUGCCGAGAAGACUCGAUCUCUCGGUGGCAUAGUGCCUGGUCAGGUCGUUUUCUGAGGCUCGGGCCCGGCGCACCUGGCGGAAGGUGGUGGUGGGAGAGGUUGGGGUAGUACUGCUGACCGUGUCACGCUGCUCUUGCUCCUCGAGCGAGGCAUUGCUGGCGGGGUCGUAGCCAUGGCGAGAGUCGUCGUCGUCUUCGUCGCGGUUGUCGGCCAGCUCCUCGACGCUGCGAAAGGAGACGAAGGACUUGGGCAUGGCGGAGGUGAGGAC